GUCAUAAAUUUGGUUAGUCUUUAAAUGUUUAAAACGCAUUUGAUAUUACUUUGGUUAAUAAAGUAUAGCUUAUUUGAAAUAAGUCAUUUUCAUUCGUAAAUAACAUUUCUAUACUCUGUUCUACGAGAGAUCAUACUUAAUUCGCGCAGCUCAGCUAACUUCAGCAGACUCCCUAUCAGUUGGUGCUUACCUCACCAGUCAUAUACGCUGUGAACAAAAAUGUAUCGAUAAGGAGGGGACAUAAUGAUACAUAAGUAGCAUGAAAGGAAUAUUUAAAAUAAAAGAUCACUGGGUAUACACAUUAGCGGCACAAAAGUCACAACAUGCGUGCACAUUGCUCGCGGUUAAGAUGCGUGUUCGAACCAAUGAGGACAGAUAUGCGUAGAAUGAACGAAAACUCGUCAGAUGAUGGGUAUGAUUUCCCGUUUGAAUUAAUUUGAAUGUAUACUUGAAUAGUGUUUAUCAGAAAGAGUGGGGGAAACCUUUCAAAGCAUACAAUUUAGUUGGGCAAACCGUAAUAACCAAUGUAGAGGUUAUAAACUUCUAAUACAUAGUUCUCACGAAGAACGCACUACCUUUAUUUUUCUGUAUUUACUAUAAAUCACAGAAUUAAUGACAUUGACUAGUUCAAUCGUUCGUGUGUGUACAACACAUAGAACUAGCUUGUAAUACAUUUGACUUGUAACCAGUGUGUAUCAAAACAUGAAGAAUUUAUGUGACAGACAUCGCCUCGUAAUAAUGUAGCUGAAGAUACAUUAUUAUCAUUUGAUUCUUUAGAAAAAGUAUAGAAAUAAUGACAAUCAUGAAAAUAUUGUAUCAUCAUGCAAGAUUCGUUUGAUGUCAAAUAGAUAUCAAUACAAGGAAAUUGAAAAAAAUUCAGCUGUAAAAUUGAUAGCAGUAAAUUUUUAACAAUGUUGACUACUCUCUUACAGCAGUUUGUUCAAAGACUUAAAUCCAAAAAUGAAGAAACACGUAAUAAGGCAGCUAGAGAUCUCUGUCUCUAUGUUAAAACAGAACUACGUGAAGCAUCACAAGAAGAAAUUACAGCUUUUAUGGAUGAAUUUAAUCAUCACAUAUUUGAAAUGGUAUCCGGAUCAGACGUCAACGAAAAAAAAGGGGGAAUAUUAGCAAUAAUUUGUCUUAUUGGAGCUGACGUUGGAAAUAUUAAUACACGAACUAUACGAUUUGCCAAUUAUUUGAGAAAUUUAUUACCUUCUAAUGAUGUGGGGGUCAUGGAAUUGGCUGCAAAAACUGUAGGAAAAUUGGCAUUAGUUUCAGGUACUUAUACAGCAGAAUAUGUAGAAUUUGAAGUAAAGCGUGCCUUUGAAUGGCUGGGUGGAGAUAGACAUGAAGGUAAAAGACAUGCCGCUGUUCUUGUUUUAAGGGAACUUGCUGUUUCCAUGCCAACAUAUUUUUUUCAACAAGUAACUCCAUUUUUUGAACUUAUAUUUAAUGCAAUACGUGAUCCAAAACCUGUGAUAAGAGAAGGUGCAGUGGAAGCACUAAGAGCUGCUUUGGUUGUUACUGCACAGAGAGAAACAGCAAAACAAAUGCACAAAUCUCAAUGGUACAAGCAGUGCUAUGAUGAAAUAGUAGCAGGAUUCGAAGAAGUAUAUACUAGAGAAAGGGGAGUUAAUAGAGAUGAUAGAAUUCAUGGUUCUUUAUUAAUAUUGAAUGAGUUACUUAGAUGUAGUAACAUUCAAUGGGAAAGAAAUUAUGAAGCUUUAAUGGAACGAUUGAAUUGUUCCACUCAACAAAAUGAAAAUGAUAUAUUGUCUUUGAUGCCUCGUUUAAAAACAGCUAUUGUUUCCAAGUGGUCCAGUUCUUCUCAAAGUUCUUCUAAUUUUCAGCAAACAUUGUAUCCAGUGCAUGAGUCUGCAGUUUGUCGUUGUUUGAUGCAAGAAAGAUUAGAUGAUAUCUAUAAUGAUGUGAUGAAUCAAAGAAUGUCCAGAAACCCACAUAUUCAGCACGCGCUUAUGAUGCUGUUACCCAGACUUGCUGCAUUUAAUAAAGAGAAAUUCACGAAAGACCAUUUGAGAGAAUCACUAGUAUAUCUUUUAAUGACUUUACGUAGUAGAGAAAAAGAUCGGUAUGCUGCAUUCACUACAAUUGGAUUUAUAGCUGUUGCUGUAGAAGAUUCGAUAAAUCCUUAUCUUUCAAAAAUUAUGGAAGUCAUUAAGAGUUUAUUACCAUCUAAAGAAACGUCUACUAAAAAAAGAGGAGCACCAUUGGAACCAGCAGUAUUUAUUUGCAUAACUUUACUUGGACAUGCAGUAAAACAAGUUAUAGCUGCAGAUGUAAGAGAUCUAUUGGAAUCCAUGUUAGCGACUGGAUUGAGUCCAAUACUUACAACGUCACUUAGAGAACUGGCCCACAGUGUUCCAUCGCUAAAAUCGGACAUAUCUCAAGGACUCCUGCGAAUGUUAUCUCAAGUUUUGAUGCAAAAACCUCUGAGACAUCCUGGUGCACCAUGGACUGCAACUAGUCCUAUUUCUGUUCCUCCAACGGAAGUAGAUAUUCCAUCAACAGUUUUAGCAUUGAAAACUCUUGGAACAUUUAAUUUUGAUGGUAAUCCACUUUUACAAUUUGUUAGGCGAUGUGCAGAUCAUUUUCUUACAUCUGAGCAAGCAGAGGUUCGGUUAGAAGCGGUAAGAACCUGUUCUAGACUAUUACGAUUAGCUUUAAAUCAACCAGGACCCACAGUGACUAAUACCGUUUCUACUGUUCUUGGAAAAUUAUUAGUGGUAGGCAUUACCGACACAGAUCCUGAUGUAAGACUUUGGGUUUUAGCCUCCUUAGAUGAUUCUUUUGAUAUUCAUCUAGCACAAGCAGAAAAUCUAUCAGCAUUAUUUAUUGCAAUGAAUGAUGAAAUGUUUGAAAUAAGAGAAUUAGCGAUUCGUACGAUUGGACGAUUAAGCACGAUGAACCCAGCGUACGUUAUGCCGUCUCUUCGGAAGACCCUCAUACAGUUUUUAACCGAAUUAGAACAUUCGGGUAUGGGUCGUAACAAAGAACAAGCUGCUCGUAUGUUGGAUCAUUUGGUCGUUAGUGCGCCAAGACUCAUAAGACCAUACAUGGAACCCAUUUUGAAAGUUCUGGUUCCUAAAUUGAAGGAACCUGAAUCGAACCCUGGUGUAAUUUUAGGCAUACUACGAGCUAUUGGCGAUCUAGCUGAAGUUAAUGGUGCUGAGAUGCAACAAUGGAUGCCUGAACUUUUGUCUAUAUUGUUGGAAAUGCUUGUGGAUGCUAGUUCCCCAGAGAAAAGAGGCGUAGCAUUAUGGGUUCUUGGUCAGUUAGUUGGAAGUACAGGACACGUUGUAAAGCCAUACAUGCAGUACCCUUCGUUAUUAGAUGUUUUAAUAAACUUUUUAAAAACUGAACAACAACCAAUUAUUAGAAGAGAAACUAUAAGAGUUCUUGGAUUACUUGGUGCUUUGGAUCCAUACAAACAUAAAAUGAACCUUGGGCAAAUUGAUUCUCAACUAGAUACACUUACUUCGAUGGCUGAUACUAAAAGUGAUAUUGAAAAUACGCAAGACUUAACAACAAGUGAAAUGUUGGUGAAUAUGUCUUCGUCAACUUUAGAAGAAUAUUAUCCAGCUAUUGCAAUUGCAACGCUUAUGAGAAUUAUACGAGACCCGACAUUAUCGCAGCAUCAUACAAUGGUGGUUCAAGCAGUAACGUUUAUAUUUAAAAGUUUAGGAAUAAAAUGUGUGCCAUACAUUUCUCAAGUAAUGCCAAGCUUUCUGAACGUUGUCCGUACAGCGGAUGUUAAUUUUCGAGAAUAUCUGUUUCAACAACUGGCCAUUCUUAUAGCCAUUGUAAAACAACAUAUUAGAAAUUAUUUGGAUGAUAUUUUCAAUUUAAUCAAGGAGUUCUGGACUGUGAAUAGCCCACUACAAAGUACAUUAAUACUUCUAGUCGAACACAUUGCAGUUGCAUUAGGUGCAGAAUUUAAAAUUUAUUUGCCACAGUUAAUGCCACAAAUAUUAAGAGUUCUGACACAUGACACAAGCAAAGAUAGAUCAGUUACUGUCAAACUUCUUCAAGCGCUUCAAAAAUUUGGCAAUAAUUUAGACAACUAUCUCCAUUUAGUUUUGCCACCAAUAGUAAAAUUAUUUCAUGCUACUGACUGUCCAAUAAUGGUUAACAGAGUAGCUCUUGAAACGGUGGAUCAUCUGGCUGACACAUUAGAUUUUACAGAUUUUGCAUCCAGAAUUGUACAUCCUUUGGUUCGAACCCUAGAUCAAUGUCCAGAGCUACGAAAUACAGCAAUGGAUACGUUGUGUGCAUUAGUGAUACAAUUAGGGAAAAAGUAUCAAAUCUUUAUAUUACUGGUACAAAAGGUUAUGACGAAGCACAAGAUUAGCAACCCACGUUAUGAUGUUCUAAUCGAUAAAAUUUUAACAGAAACUACUGUUGCUGAUGGUGAAGAUUAUCUGCUAAUACGACAUCGACAUUCAAGAAACAAGAACCGCGAUGUGUCAUUGACAUCGUCGGACACAACCACGAUAAAAAGAUUACAUGUAUCUGCAUCAAAUCUUCAAAAAGCUUGGACAGCAACGAGGAGAGUUUCAAAGGACGAUUGGCUCGAAUGGCUAAGAAGCUUGUCAAUUGGUUUGCUCAAGGAAUCCCCUUCACCAGCAUUAAGAUCCUGCUGGGCUCUUGCACAAACAUAUUCUCAAUUACCUAGAGACUUAUUUAAUGCAGCAUUCGUUUCCUGCUGGACAGAAUUAGAUGAUACAUAUAGAGCAGAGUUGAUUCAAACAUUGCAACAAGCACUGAUGGUUCCGGAUCUUCCUGAGAUCACACAAACGAUCUUAAAUUUGGCGGAAUUUAUGGAGCACUGUGACAAAGGACCAUUGCCAUUGGACAACAAAAUUUUGGGUGAACGAGCAAUGCACUGCAGAGCAUAUGCAAAAGCGUUGCAUUAUAAAGAGGAUGAAUUUCACAAGAGUAGAAACAGUAAUGUUUUUGAAUCAUUGAUAUCUAUCAAUAAUAAACUUCAACAAAAAGAAGCCGCAGAGGGUUUGUUAGAAUAUGUUAUGAAUCAAAAUAAUCAGCAAGAUUUAAAAGUACAAGUUCGCUGGUACGAAAAAUUGCAUAAUUGGGAUAAAGCAUUGCAGUUGUAUAGAGAAAGAUUGGAAAGUGAUUCUACAGACGUAGAAUCGACCUUAGGCGAAAUGCGAUGCUUAGAAGCGCUUGGAGAAUGGGGACAAUUACAUGAUGUAGCCACUAAACAAUGGUCACAUCAAAAUGAUGAGAUCAAACAAAGAAUGGCUAGGAUGGCAGCAGCUGCCGCAUGGGGUUUGAGUCAGUGGGAAAGCAUGGAAAAAUAUGUAUCUUUAAUACCAAAAGACACUCAAGAUGGGGCUUUUUAUCGGGCUGUUUUAGCAAUUCAUGAUGAACAAUACAAUAUUGCUCAUCAACUUAUUGACAGUGCCAGAGACUUGCUGGACACAGAAUUAACUGCCAUGGCAGGUGAAAGUUAUCAAAGAGCUUACAAUGCAAUGGUAGAAGUUCAAAAGUUAGCAGAACUAGAAGAAGUAAUACAAUUCAAACUCGUUCCAGAAAGAAGAUCUACCAUUAAAUCUAUGUGGUGGGAAAGAUUACAAGGUGGACAAAGAAUAGUUGAAGAUUGGCAAAAGAUUAUUCAAGUUCAUACAUUGGUUGUUUCACCACAGGAUGAUAUGUACACAUGGCUGAAAUAUGCAAGCCUUUGCAGAAAAAGUGGUAGUUUAAUGUUAUGUCACAAAACGUUAGUUAUGUUGCUUGGAGUUGAUCCAUCAUUAACCCCUGAUCAGCCAUUGCCAUCCACACAUCCUCAAGUAACUUUUGCUUACUGUAAGCAUAUGUGGGUUGCUAAUAAACGAGAUGAAGCGUACAAUCAGCUACAAAGAUUUGUACAGACAUCUCUGCAACCAACAACUAUGUCAGUUGUGAAUCCAGAAGAUGAAAAGCAACAAGAAGUAAGAAAAAGACUACUUGCUAGAUGUUAUUUAAAGCUUGGAGAAUGGUUAGAGGCUCUGCAAGGCAUAAACGAACAUUCUAUACCGGCAGUUUUAUCUUAUUAUGCUGCGGCAACGGAACAUGAUCCAACUUGGUACAAAGCAUGGCACGCUUUCGCGUAUACUAAUUUUGAAACGGUUCUAUUUUACAAACAUCAGCAGGGUGAAUCAAACGUUGAGAGCACUCCAGGGAAUGGAACUCGUAAUAACCUCUCCAGUUCACAAUAUAUAUCUCAGUUUACUGUACCGGCAGUAGAAGGAUUUUUUAGAUCUAUCAAUCUCUCUCAUGGAAAUUCAUUACAAGAUACACUCCGUUUACUAACAUUGUGGUUUGAUUAUGGACAGUGGCCUGAAGUAUAUGAAGCUAUCGUAGAAGGUAUUCGACUAAUUGAAAUCAAUACGUGGUUACAAGUAAUUCCUCAACUUAUAGCGAGAAUAGAUACACCCAGAGCCUUGGUUGGUCGAUGCAUACAUCAUCUUUUAAUAGAUAUUGGAAAAACACAUCCCCAAGCUUUAGUUUAUCCAUUAACCGUGGCAUCAAAAAGUGCCAGCCAUGCCAGAAAAACUGCUGCAAAUAAGAUUCUUAAAAGUAUGUGUGAACAUAGUCCAACUUUGGUGCAACAAGCAAUGAUGGUUAGCGAUGAAUUAAUUAGAGUUGCAAUUCUCUGGCACGAGCUUUGGCACGAAGGAUUGGAAGAAGCUAGUAGACUAUAUUUUGGAGAAAGAAAUGUUAGAGGAAUGUUUGAUACAUUAGAGCCUUUACAUGCAAUGCUAGAAAGAGGUCCGCAAACAUUGAAAGAAACUUCUUUUAAUCAAGCUUAUGGUAGAGAUUUAAUGGAGGCACAGGAAUGGUGUCAUAGAUACAAAGCAUCGCGUAAUGUCAGAGACUUAAAUCAAGCUUGGGAUCUAUACUAUCACGUUUUUCGACGGAUAUCUAGGCAAUUGCCACAAUUAACUAGUUUAGAGCUUCAAUAUGUCAGUCCAAAAUUGCUUCUUUGCAGAGAUUUGGAACUAGCUGUGCCAGGAAGUUAUAGUCCUGGACAGCCAAUAGUCAGAAUAGCAAGUAUUCAUAGUUCUAUGCAAGUAAUAACGAGCAAACAACGACCAAGGAAAUUGUGUAUAAAAGGUAGUAAUGGUAAAGAUUAUAUGUUCCUUUUAAAAGGACACGAAGAUCUUCGACAAGAUGAACGUGUGAUGCAAUUAUUUGGUCUAGUCAAUACUCUCCUGUUGCAUGACCCAGAUACAUUUAGAAGAAACCUAACUAUCCAAAGAUAUGCUGUAAUUCCAUUAUCCACAAAUAGUGGUUUGAUUGGUUGGGUACCGCAUUGUGAUACGCUACACACUUUAAUUAGAGAUUACAGAGAAAAGAAGAAAAUAUUGUUAAACAUAGAGCAUAAGAUAAUGUUACGCAUGGCUCCAGGUUAUGAUCAUCUUACGCUUAUGCAAAAGGUUGAAGUUUUUGAACAUGCCCUCGAACAUACACACGGUGACGAUUUAUCGCGGCUUCUUUGGCUAAAAUCACCAUCCAGCGAAGUAUGGUUUGAUCGCAGAACAAAUUAUACUCGUUCUCUCGCUGUUAUGUCAAUGGUAGGGUAUAUUCUUGGUCUUGGAGAUCGGCAUCCCUCGAAUUUAAUGUUAGAUCGUUUAAGCGGGAAGAUAUUACAUAUUGAUUUUGGAGAUUGUUUCGAAGUGGCCAUGACCCGUGAGAAGUUCCCUGAAAAAAUACCAUUUCGAUUGACCCGUAUGUUGAUCAAUGCAAUGGAAGUAACGGGAAUCGAGGGCACGUACAGAAGAACCUGCGAAUCAGUAAUGUCAGUGCUUCACCGUAAUAAAGAUAGCCUAAUGGCGGUGUUGGAAGCAUUUGUCUACGAUCCUCUUUUAAAUUGGAGAUUGAUGGAUGCUGCGUUGAAAGGUAAAAGAUCCGAUGCUCAAGGGAUGAGUGCUAGCAGUAAUCAAGAGCAUAGCGACACAUUGGAUUCUCUUACUGCCACGUUACCAAAGAAAGGAGUACCAUGUAGCGUUGAAAAUGGAGGUGAUACUAAUCAGCCAGAAGCGCUUAACAAAAAAGCUCUUGCAAUCAUAACAAGAGUAAGGGAUAAAUUAACAGGACGCGACUUCUCUCAUGAAGAAACAUUAAGCGUCCAACGCCAAGUUGACCUUUUAAUUCAACAAGCUACCAAUAAUGAAAAUUUAUGUCAAUGUUAUAUCGGAUGGUGUCCUUUCUGGUAAACAUAAAUUUUCAUAAGUGAGGUCUUGGAUAUGUAUCAUAUGCAGUCUCGUUCCUGUUUUUGCAUUUUUUAUUAUUAAGGAAUGACUAUAUGUAACACCAUAAUAUUAGAGCAUAUUGUACAUAAAUAAGCUACAUUAUUACAUUGAUUGUAUAUAAUAUUCGUGUUAUUCUCACUUAUCAGGUAUAAUGUACAUUAGAAAUCACGCUUCAGAAGCCUCGUAAUAAUUACUUAUGUAUUAUUUAUGUAAACACCAGAAAACUGCUCAGGAAUAAGAUUAUGGUAACAAUA